CUCCGCGUCAUCCGUACGUUCGGAUUUUUGUGUUCUUCGCCGCGCUGUCUCUCUCUCUCUCUCUCCUCUCUCUCUUACAGAGCAAAGAGAUUGAAAGCGGUUUUUAGGCUGCUUGUUUUCACAAUGCACUCUUCAUUCCACCGACUCAACACUCAAGACUCACAAUUCGACGAAUUGAGGCCCUAAUUCCGUCCCAAUUCACUCCGCUCUUGCCGAUUUCUGCCCAUUUCCGGUUGAGAUUCCAUCCGCCGCGCGCUUCACUCUCCGAUCGCAAUUGCUAGGAGGGGCUAGCAUAUAAAACGACGUUUUUGCGCUAUUCUUUUUCUAAGUAAAGGAUCGUGAUACAAGAAGAAACAAGCAACCAGGAAGAGACCAGAGGCUGCAACUGCAAAUGCAACUCUACCCCGUGAUGAAAAAAAAAAAAAACCAAACCUCUACUUAGGGAUGGCAAUUUGUACCUGCCCUCCGGGUCCCCACCUGAACCUGCGUGCUCAAGGCUUUUAAUUGUCAUGGCUGGUGAUGCCCUUGUGGAUAUUCCUGAUGCAAACAUCAGCACAAGUCCUGAUCCACGAAGGAGUUACCAAGUUGUUGUAGCUGCAACUCGGAAUAUGGGUAUUGGGAAGGAUGGGAAACUACCUUGGAGCUUGCCUUUGUACCUCAAGUUUUUCAAGGACCUUACUUUGACAACAUUAGCUCCUGUGAAAAAGAAUGCAGUAAUUAUGGGUAGAAAAACCUGGGACAGUAUUCCGCUGGAGCAUCGGCUUCUACCAAAUUACCUUAAUGUUGUUCUAACUCGUUCUGGGAGUUUUGACAUUGCAACUGAAGAAAAUGUCGUUAUUUGUGGAAGCAUAGCUUCUGCUUUGGAGUUGUUAGCAGCAUUUCCUUACUGUUUAUCAAUUGAGAAAGUGUUCGUGAUUGGAGGUGGCCAGAUUUUAAGGGAGAUGCUAAAUGCUCCUGAAUGUGAUGCCAUACACAUUGCCGAAAUUGAGAGAAACAUUGUGUGUGACACUUUCAUCCCUGCUAUUGAUGCUUCUGUAUUUCAUCCAUGGUAUUCAUCCUUCCCCCUGGUGGACACAGAGCAAAACAUUCGCUAUUCAUUCACUACUUAUGUUCGUAUGAUGAACUCUUCAGCUGCACCCCUUUAUGAAACUGGUGAUCAGUCUGUGAGUAGCCUAGUUUCUGGUAAUUUUGAGGUGAAAUUCUCUUUCUUGCCUAAGGUGGUUUUGGAGAAGCAUGAGGAGUAUAUGUAUUUGAGACUGGUUGAAGACAUCAUUUCAAAUGGAACCCUAAAAAAUGAUAAAGCAGGGAUUGGUACAUCAUCAAAAUUUGGUUGCCAGAUGCGGUUCAAUCUUCGAAAAUAUUUCCCACUUCUUACAACUAAGAAAGUAUUGUGGCGAGGUGUUGUUGAGGAGCUACUGUGGUUCAUCAGUGGUUCAACAAGUGCUAAGGUCCUACAGGAAAAAGGCAUUCAUACAUGGGAUGACAGGGCUUCCAGAGACUACCUUGAUAGUAUUGGCUUGGUUGAUAGAGAAGAAGGUGACCUGGGACCGGUUUAUGGAUUCCAGUGGAGACACUUUGGUGCCAGGUACACAAACAUGCAUGCGAACUACACAGGCCAGGGGUUUGAUCAGUUGUUGGAUGUUAUUGACAAAAUUAAGAACAAACCAGAUGACCGCCGGAUUGUGCUGUCAGAUUGGAAUCCCUCUGACCUCAAAUUGAUGGCACUUCCACCUUGCCCUAUGUUUGUGCAGUUCUAUGUGGCCAAUGGGGAGUUAUCAUGUCAAAUGUAUCAGCCAUCUGCUGACAUGGGUCUAGGCGUGCCAUCUAGCAUUGCUUCUUAUUCCCUCUUGACAUGCAUGAUUGCUCAUGUUUGUGACCUUGUUCCUGGUGAUUUUGUACAUGUUAUCGGGGAUGCUCAUGUUUAUUGCACUCAUGUCAGGCCUCUGCAGGAGCAGCUUAAGAAGCUUCCUAAACCUUUUCCAAUUUUGAAGAUCAAUCCUCAGAAGAAGGAUAUAGAUUCCUUUGUGGCAUCUGACUUCUCACUCAUCGGUUACGAUCAUCAGCAGAAAAUAGAAAUGAAAAUGGCAGCAUAGGUUACUGCCAAUCCAGAAAGAUAAAUUGGCAGAUAGUAAAGAGACUUUUCUUUUUGAACAUGUGUGCUCUCAUUUUAAAGGUAGAGCUACCUAGAGGGCUUGUGCAAGACCCAAGUUUUCAAUGCAAAUAAACAAUUGCUAGAGAUAGACCUAAACAUUAUAAUAUACAUAGGAACUGAAAAUCCUUUGGUUCCCCUUUUGGUGGUUCUAAGGUGAUUUAGGCCUUUUCUGGUUUUAAGCUGAUCUAUUAAACUCAGAGGUUUUUUUUUUUUUUUGGGGGGGGGGGGCGCUUGACGUUAACUUAAAAAGAGUUUCUAACUGCUGCGUAAAUGUUCUCUUAAAUUAAGUAAUCAUCUUGUGGAAAUUUAUGUUAUUACCUAGUGUGCUUUCUGGAUUCCGUUAUUCCUAAAUAAACGAUGUCGCAGAAUUGUAUAUAUAUGGAAGGGAGAUGACAGAUUAAUGGAUUCUUGUUUCUAACAGAUUGCUUUGCAG